AUGGAGACUUAUUGCAAUUCGGAGUAUGAUGAAUCACCCGAUGUCUCCAUGGAAGGUGAAGAGGAGGAGGAAGAUGAGCCCCAAGAAAGACAACUGCUUUCUAACAGUUUGAAAAACUUUAAGCAGAACAGUGGAAGAGGAAAAACCACGUCACCGGAUGCAAUGGAUGUUGCUCAAAGUGAAGACAGUGGAUUGACGUGGGAGACCAGUUCAAGUCGAUGCUCCACGUCCCAAGCCUCAGAAACUAGUGCUACAUCCGGUGUUUACAGCAUGGAGAACUCAUUGGUGGAUUCUCCUCCAGAGAGAGUCAUGGAUGAAGGAAAGACAGCACAGAAAAGAAACAGCUCAUUAGAUCAGAUGCCGUCAUUUCCAAACCAGAAUUCAGGCAUGGGUAGUAAAAGAGAUGUGUUUUCUGAGAGGCACGUGCAAGAGCCAGCUCCAACAAGAGAACUGGAUCCCGCCGAUCCACAUUCGUGGCCCUUGCAAGUACAACCAUCAAAGAUUAAGGAAUAUUUGAUACAAAUCACGCAGGAAGUGGAGAGUCCAGUGCUAGAAGAAAAAGAAAAUGCUUUGAAAAAAAAGGGGGAGCUGCCACUCAAAGGGACAGUAAGAGCACGGAUUGAGCAGAUCACUGCAGUGUUGGAAGAGAGAAAUAAAAGGAUUUUCAGGAGGGUGAAUGAAAAAGAUUUGCCUUCAGGUGGCACCAGGAAGCCAAAAGAACAACCGAAAAUAUUCUCCAGGCAAAGCAUUUCUGUAUCUUUAAGGCAUAUUGAAAGAGAUACCAGGGAUAAGAAUAACAAGAAGGAAAUUAUAUGCUAUAAUCUCAAGCCUGUGCAGACAAACAUUUCAAAGUCGAGGGUGUCUACUCCCUAUAAAAAAGAUGAGAGGGAAAUGAGAAAAUCUGUUCUGCCAGAAACUAUAAACAAGGCUUCAGAGACACCACCACCCAUUCUGUCCUCCCUUGCUGGCAAAGCAAACAAGCUGUAUAAUGAAUCCUAUUCACCUGUAACCCAAACAUCAGUGUCAGAACAUGCAAAGUUUGCUCCUCCAGAUCGUCAGGAUGAAGUGGAGAAAAAAGCAAAGCCAUCUUUUCUCUCUGAGGCAGAAAAGUCAUCCAGCUUUGUUGAGGAAACAGGGAAGCAGACAAGGGAGCAGCAUUUACCAGGGGCCAGAGAAGUCCCUUAUAUCUCAGAAGUACCAGAGAGGCAAACAGCUCGGCCGUGCUUGCCUAUUUCUGCUGGACCUCUUUCUUACUCUGCUCACGAAGAGGAGAACCAGACUGAAUCAACUGCAGUUGCGCUAUCAGAAUCUGCAGAUUGGGAUGCACAUCUUCCAAAUAUUAUGAAGUCUGAAGAGGUCCAGCCCGAACGUGACCAUUCUCUUCCAGCUGAAACUGCAAGCCAAGAUAUUGAACGGCAUCCUUCAAAAUUGGAGAGCGAAGAUUUGGCUUUGUUGCAUUCUGCUGAAGAAACCGGAAAGCAAAUAAUUCCUCCUUAUUCACCUGCAGAGUCUUUGCCUGAAGAGGCAGAAGCACCACAUUCUGUUAUGGAAACAGAAAAACAAGAAACGAAGCAGUUGGAGGUGGAAUAUUUAAAGAAAGAAGAAGCACAGAAACAACCAACCACAGUGCUACAAACAGAGCCAGAUCACCUGUGUGUGCUGCCUUCAGCGGAAGAAUCAGCAAUUAGAGAGGCUGAAACGGUACCUGCUUUCUCUUCCACAGCUCAUAGCACAGAAAUACAGGAACGCCAAAGUAGACAAGAGCAUUUUGGGCUUCUUCAGCUCUCACAUCUUAUGGAUGAAGCCGAGAAAGAAGAAAAAGAACAAUUGGAAUUGAAUUUAGAAAAGCAGGGUGUUCAGACACAAAUACUGGCCACCGUAUCACUAGAGCCAGAAUUUCAAGAAGUAUCAUAUUCAAGAGAUAAAGCAGAGAAUCAGACAGAACAUCUAGAAUUUCAGCAUCUAGAUUCAUCACUCCCCAUCUCCACUGCAGAGAGAGAAGUUCAGCAAUAUUCUGUAGCUAUAGUACAGUCGGAUAGUGAACAGCCAGUUAUUUCUGAACCCAUAAAGGCUCUGCAGGGAUCAGAACACGCAGAACCUUCACAUCUCAGAGAUACAGAAGUAAGUCUGCACUUGCCUACUGAAAUAGGCAACGAUACUUCAGAACAACUUCCAUCUAUUUCAUCUCUUCUCACUGACAAUGUAGAAAAGGAGGAAACUCCGCCAUCCUCACUAGCAGCUGCAGUACCUAAGUCAGAACAGCCAAACUCUGUUUCACCAUACGCUGCUGAACAAAUGGGGAAACAAGACGACCUUCUGCGUUCUCCUGAGAAAGCAAUUUUGAUCUCAGAAGUGCCGUUUCCCACUGUGGCUGUCCAAAAUGCUGCAGCGACAAAAUUAGAAAUUCAGCCAGACUCAACCACAAAAGCUCCAUCUGAAGAAUUAGUGUCUAUUUCAAGAGAGUCUGCUAUUGCUGAAGAGAAGACAAUCUGUCCUGAUUUGCCUCUGUCUGCUGAACCUCCUCCCAAAGCAUCUGUUCAGCUACAAGAAACAGCAGACUUAGAAAAUCGCGCCCCUCCAUCUAUAAAAGCAAAUCUGUAUUCUGGAGAUCAGAAUGCAUUGUCUCACAUUGGAGAUGAUGGUCAGGAAGGAGACCACCAUUUAUUUGCAACAACUCAGCUUGAGAUGAAACAGUCAGUUACACCUGAAACAAAAAAUCAGAAAACAAAUGACUCCAUACAAUCCCAGCUGGAGAUGGAAGCAACAGUGGCAUUGAGUUCCGCAGAUGAAGCAGAUAAUAAAAUUAUGAAAAAACCCAUCACUGAACUUUCACAUCCAGAUUCAUUGGGUCCUGUGCACGUGCCAGAAAAGCAAGAGAGAGUACAGAUGGAGAUGGAACAAACUCCUCAACGGCUAUUGUCUACAAGUCUACAAAAGGAGGAGUCAAACGUGUCACAUUCAGUGGAAGACAUGGUGAUAAAUGGAAUCCAGUUUCAUUUGCCUGCAGCUUCAAAAGAUUCAUCUGAGUCAGUUUGUUCAACAGAACCACAAGAUAAUGGUGACUUUUCGACAGGACCAGCAGCCCCAGGUUCUGGAUUGUCAAAUAUGCAAAACUCUACAGCGGAAGCAAUGACACACGGCAUUGCAGCACCCGAAUGCGACCAUGCGGCAAAGCUACCUAUUCAGGCUGCAAUUGCAGAGCUGGAGCCAGCCUCUGUAUCAGUAUUGCCCUCCAUGCCUGAAUCAAGAGAGCAUUUUGAUACGUCUUUCCCAGUGAUGAGUGAUGAGGAAGGAGACAGAUGUGUGACUCCACGGUCAGACCACGAAAGUCUAACUUUAUCAGAAGUGGAGGGAAAAGUAGCCGAACAUGAUUCAACCACAACUCUAACAUCUUCUGCUGAAACAGAACCACAAGGAAUUCAAAGCUGUUCACCUAACAAGGCAUCCAAAAAAUCUCCGAUGAUUUCAUCAUUAUCUCUAGGUGACACAGAGUCUCCAGAAAGUUCUGUGCCAUCUCCAGAGCAAUCAAAAUUUCUUUUGUCAGAGCAUAAUAACAAACCACAGAAAGAAGAAAAUCAGUACCUUUCCCCCAAGAAAUCAGAACCCGUGCCUGAGGAGCAGCUGUCCAUUGCAGCCUUCCUCAUGGGUGAAACUAGGGAACAGCCCCUUCAUUCACCCAGGGCUGUAAAAAUUGUGCCCGAAGAAUCAAAGUCCAUUCCAGAAGAUGCAGCUUCUGAAGCAGUAAAAGAAACAGCUCCUUCUUUCUCACCUGCUUCAGAAGAACACCUUUCUAAAGAAACUUUUUCAUCAUUUGCUGUUGAUGGAGGAGAGGAACAGGCUUGGUCUUUUUUGACUGAAGAGUCAAAGCAACUGGCUGCUGAAAAAGCAGAUGUACAAGAUGUUCAGUCUUACUUACUUGCUGCUGCACAGUCUGAGAGAAGGAAUGAGGAUGUCGAACUAUACUGCCCUGUAACAGCACAUUUGGACCAAGAAGACAGGGUAUUAUUGAAUACUACUGAAGGGAUCAGCAAGCAGGAGAUGCCUCAAUAUUUACUUUCCACUGUUCAAUCAGCACCCACACAUCAGGGAUUAUUGUAUCACACAGAGGAAAGAGAUAACCAAGAGAGGAUACCUUUGGAGAUGGAACAUUCAGAGUCUUUACUGUCACCAGUCUUGCAAAAGGAGCCAGAACAUGUAGAUUUACUGCAGCCAAUAAAAGAACUGGAGAUGGAAGCAAUUCAGCCUUGUUCAUCUGCAGCUGUUCAAGAUUUAUCCCAGCCUGCUGGAAAGAAGAGGGAAAUGGAGCCUCGGGCCUACUUGCCUGAAACUGCAGACAUGGAUUUUGGAGUUUCUAAGUUAUCAGGAUCUAUGGAUGAAGCAGAGAAAAAAGAAAUCCAGCCCUCAAGGUCUGAAGCUGAAAAGUUAGAAUAUAAACAGUCUGCUUCACCUCUUCUCACUGAGAUAGUGGAAAAGCAGGAGGUUUGUUCACAUUCACCAGAAGCCUCCGUGUCAGCAGUGUUGGGACAAUCAAACUCUGCUUUGAUGGAUUUUACUGAAGAAGCUAAAAAACCAGAAGUCCAACCUUGUCCUCCUGAAUCAGUGGUAUCAGAAGAGCCCUUUUCUAUUGCUGCAUUCCUCCUUUCUGAGGCAAAAGAAAUGCAAACCUAUUUUCCUAAGCCUGCAGAAAAAGAGAGUCUAGACAUUCAGCUUCCUUUCAAAGAACCCAAUUUGUUGGUAGAAGGAUUCACAAGUGGUUCAGCCUGGCCUUCUGAGAUUGAUGAGGCAAUUAAGAGGGAAAGCCAACCUUCUCCAACACAUUUUGAAACAGAACAGCUUUCUCAUGAAUUUCAAGCAGAGGUUACUGACCAAGAUAACAGAGAAAAUAUCUGUAAUAUUCCCACAAUAACUAAUUUAAUUUUGAAUGAGUCUUCUGAUACUGUACUAUCACAACCUAUGGAUGACACUCAGCCAUGGUUGGCAGACUCUGAUAAAACUACCAAUAAAGCUAUUUUAAUUAGCAGUGAAAAUCUUUCAGGAAUAGAAGACAUAAAGAAUUUACCUCAUGCAGACAUAACCUGGAAACAAACUGAAAACUUCUUGCAAAAAGAGAAGGAAUUAAAAGACAAUGAAAAGCCAAGAGAAAAAGCCAUAGCUGCUCCUGAACUUGACCAAGGAAAAGACGCAUCCAGUAAUUCUGAAAAUCAUGAGACAGUGAAUAUUCAUGUCCCUCCACUUGUUUCUUCAGUUGACAAAGAAGAAGAUAUGAACGUACCAGAGAAAUUAAAAUAUCUGGAAACGGUUUCCUCCCUGAAAACCCAGCCAUUUCAUCUUGUUGAAGAUUUGGUUGUUGACCAAAAAACUUCGACGGGUAAACUGGGUACAAAAACGUCAGACAGCUUAAAAACAGCCAACUCUGAAAAUAACGAAAAUGAAUUAAAAGAACGUGUUAAAGAAAAAGAAGUUCAGGGUAGUAUAAAUAAUGAAAAGGAAAUUUUAACUGUUCCAGAAAGCAAAAAUGAUGGUAUUUUAAAUGUCACUGGUUUGGGUUGUUUUGGAAAUUAUAGCUUGACUGACGACAGCUCCUUCACCCAAACAGGAAAAGAGCAGUCAGUUCAGGGAGCACAGGGGCCGCUGGAUGUUACAAAGAAAAAUGCUGAGGAAGCCACAUCUUCAGCUGCAAGCUUGGAAAAUGUUUUGGAGUUUUCCUUACCAGAAAGUAAAAUGGUGGAAACUUUUAAUGGAAUGGCAAGGGAAGAAAAUGCAACAACUACCCACAAAGACAUCUCAAAGGUAUUAAAUGAAGACAAACCAGUUGAUGCUGUUAGGGAAAAUGAUAAAAAUAUAGAGGAGGGGCUAAACUUAGUAGGUGCACCUUUAUUUCACACAGAAAAUGACAUGUUAUCCCAAACUCCAUUAAUUCCCUUGCCAGACAAAUCAGUCAACCCUGAGCUGACAGCAGGGCAGCCUGCUUUGGCAUCUUGGAAUAGGGAUCUGUAUGAAAAAGCAGAGAUGGAAUCCAAGGACGAUAGCUGUAAACAUCCAUCUGAUGAAAACGUUAAGAAUACUGAUGUGCCUUUGCAUGGAAAACAUGGUGCCCCAGAUGAUGAAAUUACAGCUCACUUUGAAAGGGGCAUUCCUAAAGAUGGCAGUCCCAGUAACUUGGACGAGUCCCUAAGGGAACAACUUCUGAAGGACCAGCAUGUUACAGAAGAACCACAAGUCUCGCAAGGUGGAUAUGGCUCAAAUGAAAAGGAAUGUGAGUCUGUUUACAUUCCAUCUGAAGCAACCGCCCAAGCAGGGGUCUUCUCACCAAGGGAAAUGGUUAAUGAUGCCUUGAUAGAAGGGCCAGCAGAGAUCGCAAGUGAUGUACAAGUUGCGACUUGUCAGCCAACACAUGCAAUACCCUUUGGAAGCAGGCUUUAUCACUCAGGUGCAACCAGUGAUGAGAGCAGUCAGAACAGAGCAGAAGAAUCCUCGUCUUCCGAAGCAAGCCAGAUGUUGCCAGAGGAAAUAAGUGAUGAGGAGUCUUGUCCAAUACUGGAUUAUGCAGCAACUGUUUAUCAAAAGGAAUCAUCAGUGCAAGAUGAAUCAAAGGUUGUUGCUUGUCUUGCAACUGACCAAACAGAACAAUCUGAAGUAACAGAAGUUGAUAAAGUAGAUAAUGAUGUGGUAAGAAAACCUGUGGAAGAAGGUGCUCAGUUUCCUGAAACACUCUACCACGUUAGUCCUCACUGGCAAAGUGAGGGACAAUUAGAAGAACAUUUAGUUUCAGUCCCUGAACCUGUGGCACAAGGUACAUAUGCUUUAGAUCACGAAUGUCUUCCAUCUUGGGACUUUGAAGGGCAAACAUAUGAAAAAAGAGUUAAAGAAAAUAUUGCCAGUGAUCUAGCUAAGGAUAACAGAGAAGAUACAAACCAACAACCUUCAGCACCUGAAGCAAAAUCUGACAAAGUAUUUGGGGAACUUGACUUCUCUCUUUUGUCACACGAUUUUGAAUCUUAUCCAUUAUACUCAAUAAAAGAAGAAGAAUAUAGUGACGAUGAAGAUCUAGCUGAGCUCAUGGGAUACGAAACAGUGACACGAGAUGAUAUUUUCCAAGAAGAAACAGCCUCAGAGCUAGCUCGUGAAGAGCUGCUGUUUGAUGACAGGAAGUCUUUAGACCGCAUUAGUGAUAGCUAUGAGUUUAUAUAUGAAAAAGAAGCCAGUGCAUCUGCUGAAGAAGAGGAGUUGAUGGGUCUUAAACAGCUACCACACAAUGUUCCAGAAAGUGAGGUCCUGCAGAAAGAAACAGAACGGGCACAAUUAGAUACCUAUUGCUGUGAGUGCAAAUGUCCCAUAUCUGCGGAUGACAAGCUUUGGGGAGAGCAUAAAGACCACAGUGUGACAAACCUGGACACAGGUGUGACCGAGUUAAAGGGUCAAUUGGAUGGAUUCCUAGACAUUUUACAGGAAAGGUCUUUGAAGAUUGAAGGGUUUGUCAGUGAGAUAGAGGCCCUUUUCAAUACUCUUGAGGAAAACUGUAAAGGAAAGGAACAGCUUUUGGAAGAGCAACAUGAAAACAUUGUCAAGACUGUGCUAGGACACCAUGACCAAAAGGCGCAGAGGUUUGAAGAAAUAAAGAACACAAAAAUGGAGUACCUCUACGAACAGAUGGUUAAUUUUCAAGAAUAUAUUGACACAGCAAAAGAAACCUUGGAGACUAUCAUAAAGGAAACUGAAGAAAUGGAUGAUUUUGUUUUCCUAAGGACAUCAGAAGAAGUAAACAAAAGGUUGCUUUCUGCUGUGGAAGAUAUUCAGACUCUAGAAAAAAUGCCCACUGCAUUUUCGCAUUUUGAACAUUUUGCAGGCGAUUCAGCGAGUGGCAACUGGACCUUAGAGCACAUGCCUGUUCCACAUACCCCUGAAUUACAACCUCAGGAGCCAAACUCAGCAACAAGCACCUCAAUUGCAGUUUACUGGACUGUGAGUGAAGAGGAUGUCAUUGAUUUCUUCCAAGUCUAUUGUAUGGAGGAACGCCCUGGAAGGCAAGAACAGAGUGGGUUGGUGGAAGAAUAUCGUGUUACUGUGAAAGAGAGCAACUGCAUUCUGGAAGACCUGGAGCCUGGCCACUGCUAUAGUGUGUGGGUUAUGGCUGUGAACUACACAGGCUGUAGCUUUCCCAGUGAGAAAUCCACAUUUAGAACUGCUCCCCCAACCCCUGUACUAAAGGCUGAAGACUGCAGUGUGUGUUGGGAUACUGCCACCAUUCGCUGGAGCACUGGCAACUCAGGAGCAACAGACUCUUUCACGCUUGAGUACUGCAGGCAGUAUUCUCCAGAAGGAGAAGGCCUCAGAUCUCUGGCUGGAAUUAAAAGACUUGAGCUGAAAGUUAAUCUAGAACCAAAUAUAAAUUAUUUCUUCUACGUGAGAGCUGUUAACAUCUUUGGAAUGAGUGAACAGAGCGAAGCAGCUCUUAUCUCGACAAAAGGAACUAGAUUUCACAUAAUGAAAGAAACUGCUCACCCUGCAUUACAAGUGUCACCCAGUGGAACCAUUAUAUGCCUUCCCAAGGAAACCCAAAUCACUGGAAUCUUACCAGUUUGGGGAGAGCUUUUAGCUCCUCGAGGACGGCAUUACUGGGAAGUCACUGUGACUGGCUGCGAGACUUACAAGAUCGGGAUCUGCUACUCCGUUGUUCCACCUGACAGUAUCCUGGGGCAGAACAAUUCUUCCUGGUGCUUGUAUUGUUCUAGCAAAACCAGUCUCAUCUAUAAAGUACUCCACAACGGCGAGUUGAGUGAUGUUAUUGUGACGGAAUGGCCUGCCCGGAUUGGCAUUCUGCUGGACUAUAACACUGGAAGACUGUUAUUUUUCAAUGCAGAACGAGGACAAGUCCUCUUUACCGUCAGGCAGAAAUUCACUGCUGCAGCUCACCCUGCCUUUGGCUUGGAGAAGCCAGGAACCCUUCACCUGCAUACAGGCAUGGAGCUACCAGAAUUUGUGAAGCAUAGCUAAACGUUUUCUUUUCCAUCUACCUGCAAGACAAAU